AUGGUGUUGGAAAGCUUUGCCAUUGACAGCCAGCCGCUGCCAGUUAACCUCUUGGCUCUCCUUCAAAGCCCCUCAUCCCCCAAAGCUCGCCUGGUUGUUGCGGUGCCCGUCAGCGUGGUCGGCACUAAUGCGAUGAACUUGCCACCUGACAAAGCCCGGUUGCUGCGGCAGUACGACAACGAGAAGAAGUGGGAGCUCAUCUGUGACCAGGAAAGAUUUCAAGUGAAGAAUCCUCCACAUACAUACAUCCAGAAGUUGAAGGGCUAUCUGGACCCGGCUGUAACCAGGAAGAAAUUCAGAAGACGAGUCCAAGAGUCUACUCAAGUACUCCGAGAACUGGAAAUUUCUUUAAGAACAAAUCACAUUGGAUGGGUCAGGGAGUUCCUGAAUGAAGAAAACAAAGGCCUGGAUGUUCUGGUGGAGUACUUGUCGUUUGCACAGUAUGCAGUCACGUUUGACUUUGAAAGUUUGGAGAACAAUGUGGAAAACUCGAUGGACAAGUCCAAACCUUGGAGCCGGUCUAUUGAGGACCUGCACAGAGGCGGUAAUUUACCCUCGCCAGUUGGCAACAGCAUUUCCCGCUCUGGCAGACACUCAACUUUACGGUAUAACACCUUGCCAAGCCGAAGAACACUAAAAAAUUCCAGAUUAGUGAGUAAAAAAGAUGAUGUUCAUGUCUGCAUCAUGUGUUUACGGGCCAUAAUGAAUUACCAGUAUGGAUUCAAUAUGGUCAUGUCGCAUCCACAUGCCGUUAAUGAAAUUGCACUAAGUUUGAACAACAAGAAUCCCAGGACAAAGGCCCUUGUCUUGGAACUUUUGGCAGCUGUUUGCCUUGUCAGAGGAGGGCAUGAAAUAAUUUUAUCUGCGUUUGAUAACUUCAAGGAGGUGUGUGGAGAGAAACAGCGCUUUGAGAAGCUGAUGGAGCACUUCCGAAAUGAAGACAACAAUAUAGACUUUAUGGUGGCCUGCAUGCAGUUCAUCAACAUCGUUGUCCACUCGGUGGAGGACAUGAACUUCAGAGUCCACCUGCAGUAUGAGUUUACGAAGCUCGGCCUGGACGAGUAUUUGGAUAAACUGAAACACACAGAGAGCGACAAACUGCAGGUGCAAAUUCAAGCUUACCUGGAUAAUGUUUUUGAUGUGGGAGCUUUACUGGAGGAUGCUGAAACCAAGAAUGCAGCCUUGGAAAGAGUUGAAGAACUGGAAGAAAACAUUUCCCAUUUAUCUGAAAAACUCCAAGAUACGGAGAACGAAGCCAUGGCAAAGAUUGUGGAACUGGAAAAACAACUUAUGCAAAGAAACAAAGAACUGGAUGUGAUUCGGGAAAUCUACAAAGAUGCAAAUACCCAAGUUCACACCUUGAGAAAAAUGGUGAAAGAAAAAGAAGAAGCCAUCCAGCGACAGUCAACGCUGGAGAAAAAAAUCCAUGAACUGGAGAAGCAAGGAACAAUUAAGAUCCAGAAGAAAGGUGAUGGUGACAUCUCUAUCCUUCCUGUUGCUCUGGCCUCUGGGAUGGUGCCGGCAGGGUCAGAGGCUGUGGCUGGCACAUGUGUCGCACCAGUCGCUGGAGCUGCAUCUUCAGUGCCAUUGCCACCACCUCCACCACCAUUACCCGCCUUAGCAGCAGCAUCUGAGGCAGUGCAAAAUGGUCCUGUGUCAGUGCCGAUGCCUGCUGAAAUGCCGACUCGAAAGCUGCAGUCUGGGCACGUGGGGUGUUUUUCAGCGGUUGGGGAAUUUGUCAUUUCUUCUCCUCUGCUGUCUUUAGCUGUGAAAAUCAAGAAGCCGAUCAAGACCAAGUUCCGCAUGCCGGUGUUCAACUGGGUCGCCCUCAAACCCAACCAGAUCAAUGGGACAGUCUUCAACGAAAUAGAUGACGAAAGGAUCCUGGAGGAUUUAAAUGUGGAUGAAUUUGAAGAAAUAUUCAAAACAAAAGCCCAAGGUCCAGCCAUUGAUCUUACUUCAAGCAAGCAAAAGAUAACUCAGAAAGGGUCAAACAAAGUCACGUUACUGGAUGCCAACAGGGCCAAAAAUCUUGCCAUUACUUUAAGAAAAGCUGGAAAGACGGCAGAUGAAAUAUGCAAAGCUAUUCACGUGUUUGACCUGAAGACGUUGCCGGUGGAUUUUGUUGAAUGCCUCAUGCGGUUCCUGCCCACCGAGAACGAAGUGAAAGUGCUGCGGCUCUACGAGCGGGAAAGGAAACCCAUCGAGAACCUGUCCGACGAAGACCGGUUCAUGAUGCAGUUCAGCAAGAUUGAGAGGCUGAUGCAGAAGAUGACCAUUAUGGCGUUUAUAGGCAACUUUGCAGAAAGCAUCCAGAUGCUGACCCCGCAACUUCACGCAAUAAUAGCUGCAUCUGUCUCAAUAAAGUCAUCCCAAAAGCUUAAGAAAAUACUGGAGAUAAUCUUGGCUCUUGGAAACUACAUGAACAGCAGUAAACGAGGAGCUGUGUAUGGGUUUAAGCUACAGAGUUUAGACCUGCUCCUGGAAACAAAGUCAACAGACCGAAAGCAGACCCUGCUGCACUAUAUUUCAAAUGUGGUCAAGGAGAAGUACCAGCACGUAUCCCUCUUUUACAAUGAACUUCAUUACGUGGAGAAGGCUGCUGCAGUGUCUCUUGAAAAUGUCCUCUUGGACGUGAAGGAACUGCAGAGGGGCCUGGAUCUGACGAAGCGUGAGUACACCAUGCAUGACCACAACACAAUGCUGAAGGAGUUCAUUCAGAACAACGAAGGGAAGCUAAAGAAACUGCAGGACGAUGCCAAAAUAGCCCAGGAUGCCUUUGAUGAUGCUGUGAAGUACUUUGGGGAGAAUCCCAAGACGACACCCCCCUCCGUCUUUUUCCCAGUGUUUGUCCGGUUUGUGAAGGCCUACAAGCAAGCAGAAGAAGAGAAUGAGUUGAGAAAAAAGCAGGAACAGGCCUUAAUGGAAAAACUUAUGGAGCAGGAAGCAUUGAUGGAGCAACAGGACCAAAAGUCUCCUUCACAUAAAACAAAGAGACAGCAGCAAGAGCUGAUUGCAGAGCUCAGACGGCGGCAAGUCAAGGAUAACAGGCAUGUGUACGAAGGGAAGGAUGGUGCUAUUGAAGAUAUUAUAACAGAUCUUAGAAACCAGCCGUACCGACGGGCCGACGCGGUGAGGAGAAGCGUCCGGCGGCGCUUUGAUGAUCAGAACUUGCGCUCUGCAAACGGUGCUGAAAUAACCAUGUGAGCUGGAGACCUGCAGGUGUCAAGGAAAGGGGGUGCUUGAAUGAUACCUUGUCCAUGUGAACUCUAUGUUCUGCCACUCAUUUACAGCCUUGGGAACAGUAAAAUUCACCUUCUAAAGGGCUCAAAGACCUAGAAAAUGCAUAGGAACGUCAGCGAGGGGCUCUCCACUCAACCGUAGCUAACAAGUGCCUAAAAUUGAAGUACCUGCUCAAAUUAAUCAAAGCAAUAGGACUUGAUUUGAUUGGGUAUCUUUUUACACCAAUACAUUAUUCAGUAUUUUUAACCAAAAUGUAAAAUACGUGUUGUUUUUGGGUGUUUAGUUUGGUUUGAUUAUAUAAAAGUUUAGCGACUGGUCUCCUGUGGACCUGACCUGCAUCCCGACCGGUUGUAAACAGGCGACACUCGGACGUGCUCUGCUUUUAAAUGCAUUCCUGUGCUGUCCGCCGAGGGAUUAACCUUGGCUUCAGCUGCACUUACUGGCUUUUGGUUUUGGUUUGGUUGUUGUUUUUUUUUUUUAAAAGGAAGACAUUUAAGGGCUUUCUAUAUGUAAUAUGGAAAUAAUUCCAAGAAGAGACCCGUACCCUUUUCCCACCACACACACAGGCUCCACACCACCGUAGCUGGGAUGCGGUACCAUGUACGUCAGUGAUCACAAGAUGGAUAGCGAACGAACACGAGUCUUCACCUCCAGGGUGUGAUGGUUGUAGUGUGCAAUGCAGGGCUGAGGCCCGGGGGUGCCGGGGGGACAAACGCAUCGCCCAUCCUCAAAACGAGAAGGGUGGCUAAGGCACGUCCAUGUUCUUCAGCUAGAGGCAGCUUUUGAAUAACAGUGUAUUUAUUAAUUAGCACUAAGGUAUUAACAUCUCAAUAAUCAGUAUUAGGAUUCUGAGGACCAUUGCAGUUCAGUUACUCGCGCAGAGAAUCAUCCUGUGCCCUGCUCUGUAGGAUUAAUACCCCGCUACAACUCCAAGUUCCUUGGACAAUCCAGUUCAACGUCCCUGCUAAGGAUCAUUUGGUCAGCGAAGGGAAGCCCAGCCUAAGAAUCCUGACAGGUGAUAGGUUCUACAUUGCAUUUUUAAAGCUGAAAAAGGGAAAUGAGA